AGUCAUUGGCUCUCUGCGGUUUCCUUGGGGACGUGGCGCCGCCGGCUGCCCGGGCCUCCUUCCGGCUCGGUUAGAAGCUGCUGGGAGCGCCACUGGACCUAGCAGAACGGUGCUGAGGGAGCUGGCUGGCGGUUCGACCGGCUGCAGACUUAGGAGAUGCCGAGGACGAGGAGACCACCUUUUCAAGGCAAAAGGAAAAGGAGGUGACAGGCAUUGAGACCACUGAAGGGAACCCAUGGCUAGGAUCAGUUUUUCCUUCCUCUGCCCAGCCUCCUGGUACUUCACUGUGCCCACAGUGAGCCCAUUUCCCCGGCAGCGGGUGGCAUUCCUAGGACUCUUCUUCAUAUCCUGUCUCCUUUUACUUAUGUUAAUCAUGGACUUUCGACAUUGGGGUGCUUCAUCACCAAGAGAUAGGCAAUAUGAAAGGUAUUUGGCUCGAGUAGGAGAUCUUGAAGCUACUGACACUGAAGACCCAGAUCUGAAUUAUGGACUUGUUGUGGACUGUGGCAGCAGUGGCUCUCGGAUUUUUGUUUAUUUCUGGCCAAGACAUAAUGGGAAUCCUCAUGACUUAUUGGACAUCAAACAGAUGAGAGACCGAAACAGCCAACCAGUGGUUAAAAAAAUCAAGCCAGGAAUCUCUGCGAUGGCAGACACUCCAGAACAUGCCAGCGAUUACCUUCGUCCUCUGCUGAGCUUUGCUGCUGCUCAUGUGCCUGUGAGGAAGCACAAGGAGACCCCCCUUUACAUCCUCUGCACGGCGGGCAUGAGGCUUCUUCCCGAGAGGAAGCAGUUGGCUAUCUUGGCUGAUCUAGUGAAAGAUUUACCUCUGGAGUUUGACUUCCUCUUUUCUCAGUCUCAGGCAGAAGUGAUCUCUGGAAAGCAAGAAGGGGUUUAUGCAUGGAUUGGAAUCAACUUUGUUUUGGGAAGAUUUGACCAUGAAGAUGAAGCUGAUGCUGAAGCUCCCCAGGAAUUGGUGACAGGACGCAGAAGGACAGUAGGGAUACUGGAUAUGGGAGGAGCCUCUCUCCAAAUUGCUUAUGAAGUUCCUACCUCAACUUCUGUCCUUUCUCCACAAGAGGAAGAAGCUGCGAAGAUCUUGCUGGCUGAGUUCAACCUGGGCUGUGAUGUGCAACACACAGAACACGUGUAUAGGGUUUAUGUCACGACCUUUCUGGGUUUUGGGGGCAACUUUGCCCGGCAGCGCUAUGAAGAUCUUGUAUUGAAUGAAACUCUUAACAAGAACAGGUUGCUGGGCCACAAGACAGGUCUGAGUCCCGACAAUCCUUUUCUGGAUCCCUGCCUGCCUGUGGGACUCACAGAUGUGGUGGGAAGGAACAGUCAGGUCCUGCAUGUCCGAGGACGAGGGGACUGGGCGGCUUGUGGGGCCAUGCUGAGCCCCCUGCUGGCUCGCUCCAACACCAGCCAGGCCUCACUGAACGGCAUCUACCAGUCGCCCAUUGACUUCAACAACAGCGAGUUCUAUGGUUUCUCCGAGUUCUUUUACUGUACAGAGGAUGUGUUGCGCAUUGGUGGCCGCUACCAUGGGCCAACAUUUGCCAAGGCUGCUCAGGAUUACUGUGGCAUGGCUUGGUCAGUACUCACUCAGAGAUUCAAGAAUGGCCUCUUUUCAUCACAUGCAGAUGAGCAUCGACUCAAAUAUCAGUGUUUUAAGUCGGCUUGGAUGUACCAAGUUCUUCAUGAAGGAUUCCACUUUCCCUAUGACUAUCCAAAUCUGCAGACAGCACAGCUGGUCUAUGACCGAGAGGUUCAGUGGACGCUGGGAGCCAUUCUAUAUAAAACACGCUUCUUACCACUCAGGGAUCUACGGCAGGAGGGUGUCCGACAGGCCCAUGGUAGCUGGUUCCGUCUCUCCUUCGUCUACAACCACUAUCUCUUCUUCGCCUGUAUCCUGGUGGUGCUACUGGCCAUCAUCCUGUACCUUCUGCGGCUACGUCGGAUUCACCACCGACAAACUCGAGCCUCAGCCCCACUGAACUUGCUAUGGAUCGAGGAGGUGGUGCCCAUCAUUGGGGUACAGGUCGGGCCAUGAGGAUGGGCAGGUUAACGGGAAGCUCAAAUACCCCAGAAUUGCUGCCCAUUGAAUUCUACCACUUUCUGGUACUGGCCUCAGAUGCUGCUUUGCCUGACUUUGUGGAUAUUUGGCCUUGGAAUUUCUCCUUCAGUAUCUACUUUAAUUCCUUUUCAAUAUCCAGGUCCUCUUCUCUGAAGAGAAGCUGUAAUUUAGUCUAUGAAGAACUAAAUGAGAGAUUGGUGCUAACAGAGGGGACCAACUUUAGUCCAAUUGAAGCCUGCUUCUACUUCUUUAUCUGAGAGAUCUGGUAUGCUCCUGGGAUCGAGACUUUUCUCCCCUUGCUUUAAGCAUGAAGUUCAGCAUUGGGCACGCUGGAAGCCUAAGCUGAAACCAAACUUGGAGCAUCUGAUUCAAAGCCUAAGACAUUCUACCAAGUGCAGCAGCCCCUUCUUUCUCUGUAACAGAGAUAUCAUUUAUGUGGAGAUCCACAGCCUUUAAUAGGGAUCCAAGAUUUUUGCAGAUCAGUGGAACAGAUAAGAAUUUCCAGGCAACCAAAAUAACACAACUUCUUUGCUUACUCGACAAAGAAGCCACUGUGAAUGUGGCUGAAGAUCCCUGACAUCCUGUAGCUGAUAUUAGUUAGAUUUUAAAAGGUUAGAACCCUUUCUAAAUGAAUGGUCCAGUGAAGAUUUUAACAAUAUAUUUUCUGAUGCCUCAUAUGACCAGAAUAGAAAAUUUUUCCAUGUCUCUGUGGCUCCGAGGCUGUUUGGGCAUUAAUUUUUCUUUUUGAGCCUUAAGGGUGCUUAUAGGGAUGGAGAAACUGGGAUGGGGAUUGGAGACUUGGAUUUGUCUGGUUUCAGGUCACUGUCCUCUUGGCUUGUUUUUAUAAGUCCUUAUGUGGGAAGAUUCAAGAAGAGUUCUUUUAUUUUACUGCUAAAAUCAAUAUGUAGUUUGGGAAGGGAUACAUUUGGGUUUUUUUAAAGAAGGAAAGAACAAUAUCAGGAGAGUGGGCCAAGGCAAUAAAAUCCAAGCUCUUAUUUAUUAAUGUUUUUCUGAGAAAUAGAAGUUUUCUCAGUUGGGCUCUUGGACUAUUUGAAAAGAAGCAAAUCACAAACUUUGGAAUAGACAGAUAAAUCUGUUAAUAAUCCACCUGGUAACUUCCAGAAUAUUUCCUAAGAGAUUUCUCAUUCAUAAACAGCAUUUCCAUUAAUGGGGAGAGAGGAAAAGCCAUAGUAAUUACACUUUUAUCCACUACCCUUCAGGAUCUUUGCUUCCUCUCUGCAUUUAGCCUUUAAAUUGCACAAGGAUUUCUUUUUCAUCCCCCAUGGAACCUUCUUUAUACUUUAAUCUUUCCUCUGUGUAGCCUUAAAUGUCCUGCUUAAGAAUAUGCUCCCAGAGUUAAAAUAGUUUUCUUAUUUUGUCAGCUUUGAGUUCUAGGAUUACAGGAGUAAGGGAAAAAUCCUUGACUUUAAUGGAAAAAAAGUGAAAUUGUUAAAAAAUAAAUUUCAUACUGAGAGUAGAAAGGAGUUAAGUGCUUCAUAAAACCAAGAAAAAUAAAUCCAGAUCCUCUUGGAAAUAAACUGAGAUGAAAGUAAGUAUACUUAAAGUAAGUGAAAAGAUGAUGAGUCUUGAAUCAUUUUCAAAUUAGAUAAAGAUGGAUCCAGCAGAGUCUGACAGGCUCUUUUGGAAGAACUUUUAACUUUUCAUUAGUGCUUAUGUCUCAGCAGUUUAAUUUUUAAGAUUUCUAAAUUGCCUUGAUUUUCUUUGAGUUCUUAUCUUUGUGUCUGUACUGUGAGCCAGCCCUUGCCUUAUGAAUGCUGCUUAUAAAUAACAUCAUAGUAUGUUUUUGCUAGCCAUUGCCUACUCAGGUAACUCUUUUCCCUCACCUUCGUUUCCAAAUACUGUUUUUGGUUUUCUUAUUUUCUUGUGUGAUCUACUCAAUGAUCUUCUCCAAAGCUACCUAGCUGGCUAACAGUGAUCACAUUUGUGUGCUCAGAAUGAAAUUGAAGCAUGGAGGAGAUAGUGAUCAGUCCAAUUUGAAAGCUCUCAUUAAGUUAUUCUUCAUCCUGGUUAUGAUGAUAGUAACUACCAUUUGCAAAGCACUGAUUGUGUACCAGACACUCCAUUAAUAAUUUUAUGUAUGUUAUUUUAAUCAUCAUGACAACCUUUCAGAUUGGUAUUGUUCUUUUUAUAAUUGAGAAACUCAGGAUACUUGUUUAUCAUUUUUUCCAUAUAAACGUAUUUCUUAUUCUUUAUUUUAAUUAGUCUGAUUUUUUGUGUAUUUUAUCAUGUUUAUUAUUUUAAUAUUAUCUAGGCUUUAUUACAAUGAAUAAGGCAUCUGAGUUCCAUGGUAUAAAAAUAAGGACAAAUUUUUGUCAUACCCCUCAGAAAAACUGAGUAUUUGCUCUUGGUUCUGGCUCCUGUGCUUCUUCCAUUGCUCCCAAUUAAAAAUUUUAAAGGAAAUCUCAUUCACUAGAAACAGAAGCCAUUUAUCCCUUGCUGAGGAUAAAUGGUCAGGGCCAAUUACUUCUAUAUAUUGCUUUCUCAAAAUGAAAUAUUCUUGCAUAUAGAAUCACACAAGCCUUAUCUUUUAACCUUCUUUUUGCCCUCAUUUUUUCAAGAUAUCUAUUUGCAUUUCUGUAUUCUGAGUAGUUUUCAUGUGAAAAUGAUUAUGAUUUCAUAAAAUUCACAUUCCACUAGUUUCUUUGAAUCUUGCCAAGCAAUCUUCCUUAGAACAGUAACAGCAAGCCUGAACUAUUUUAGUGUUUUUAAUAGGUCAUAAGUGUCAAAAUUUAGUCAGUGGUUUAUAGGAGUAAGGCUUAUUAUUCUUUAUGCAGGCACAACCCAUCACUCUUCUGAAUUCUUAUCAUGAAUUAUUCUUAUCACCUAAUUAUUUGCCAUUACAUUCACUUAAGUUGCAGUUAAUUCUAAUCCAAAUUUUAUUGGGGUUGGUGCAAAAGUAAUUGCGGUUUUGCAUUUUUGAAAUUUGCUGUUUGAUAUUGCAAUACAUUCUUAAAUAUGGUUAUGUUAUACAUCAUUUUAAUGCACAUUUUUUGCUUUCUGUUUUUUUGAUAAUGACUUAUUACUUGCUGUUUAAACUAGGGAAAUGAUGUUAAUUAGACAAAAAAGCAAAUUGGAGCAAUUCUUUUAUUCAAGUUGAAAAUGAGUUGUAAAACAGCAGAGACAACUUGCACCAUUAACAAUGCAUUUGGCCCAGGAACUGCUAACGAAUGUACAGUGCAGUGAUGGUUCAAGAAAUUUUGCAAAGGCCAGAGCCUUAAAGAUGAGGAGCGCAGUGGCUGACUACUGGAAGUUGACAGCGACCAGUUGAGAGGAUCUUCGAAGCUGAUCCUCUUACAACUACAUGAGAAGUUACUGAAGAACUCAGUGUCAGCCCUUCUAUGGUUUGGCAUUUGGCCCUGGCAGCAAAUUGGAAAGGUGAAAAAACUCAAGUGGGUGCCUCAUGAGCUGAUCACAAAUCAAAAAUUUCAUUUUAAAGUAUUGUCUUCUCUUAUUCUAUGCAACAACAACAAACCAUUUCUCAAUUGUACUGUAAUGUGUGAGAAAAAGUGGAUUUUAUAUGACAACUGGUGAUGACCAGCUAAGUGGUUGGACUGAGAAGAAGCUUCAAAGCACUUCCCAAAGCCAAACUUGCACCAAAAAAAGGUGGUCUGCCGCCAGUCUGAUCCACUACAGCGUUCUGAAUCCCAGAGAAACCAUUUCAUGUAUGCUCAGCAAAUUGGUGAGUUGCAUCAAAAACUGCAACACCUGCAGCAGGCAUUGCUCAACAGAAAGGGCCCAGUUCUUCUGCAUAACAAUGCUUGACUGCACAUUGCACAAUCAACACUUCAGAAGUUGAACGAAUUGGGCUACAAAGUUUUGCCUCAUCUCACCAUAUUCACCUGACCUCUCACCAACCACUUCUUCAAGCAUCUCAACAACUUUUUGCAGGGAAAAUGCUUCCACAACCAGGAGGAGACAGAAAAUGCUUUUCAAGAGUUUGUCAAAUCCUGAAGCAAGGAUUUUUAUGCUACAGUAAUCUCGUUGGCACAAUGUGUUGAUUAUAAUGGUUCCGAGCUGUUUGAGCUUAUAAUGAUUUAAAAUUCACGGUCCAAAACCACAAUUAAGUUUGCACCAACUUAAUACCAUCUCUCUAUACUUUAGCUCCUUGAAUUGAUUUUCCUUGGUCUAGGAAAUCUUAAUCACUUUCCACCAACCUUCUAUUUAUUCUUCCAAUAUUAUCCAAAGUAUUCUGCCUCUGUCCUCCUUAGCCCAAGUGCUUUCUUUGACUUCAAAGGCCUUGUUGUUCAGUCGCUAAGUCAUGUCUGACUCUCUGCGACCCCACGGACUGUGGCACAUCAGGCUCCUCUGUCCUCCACCAUCUCCCCAGUUUGCUCACAUUCAUGACCAAAGGCUUUAGGCAAUGAUUAUCAAAAUGUGGUUGACUGAGUCUGCCAUGCAAUUGCUAAGCUAGUCAUUUUAGGCAUUAACAUUUAUUAUCAUGUCCAUAUUUAUAUUUUUGAGGUACAGUAACAUCUCACAGGUUAUGGAUUAUAGCCCUGGCUUUGUCAUAAUGUAGCUCAGGAACCCCAGGCAAGUCACUUGCCCUCUCUGGUUCAUUUUUCAUCUAUGACUAGCCAAGAUGAUUGGAGGCCAGUUCCAAAGGGAGAACAGUUGGCAUAAGGAACUAAAGGCAGAGAAGUGACAGAGUAAUUUCAGGAAGAGGGCUGUGGCCCUUGGUUUAGACCAGGCUGCCCAGAAGAACCAGUGGUCAGGUCAUCUCUUACUUUACUCAUAGCCCAUGAAAUAAAGGUUGUGGGAAUGGAGUUUCCAAAAGCAAUCACAAUCAAAGAAUGAGAUUUUUUAAAAUUGAAACUUAAGAUUUGUUAACCCUGGUGAUUUUAUGGAUGAUAAAACUGACACUCAGAAUGUAGUAAUACAUGCAAAUAAAAUGUUCAUUGAUAGAA